AUGGGUGCUGCAGUAGCCCUUUGUGUGGAGAGGGGUUGGCUCGACUACGAUGCACCUGUGACGAAAUAUUGGCCACAGUUUGGUCAAAAUGGAAAGGAAAAUAUUUUGUUGAGCGAUCUACUAUCUCAUCGAGCUGGUCUUCCAUACAUCAAUCAACAAUUGACAGUUGAAGAUGUCUGCAAUUGGUCUAGAAUGAUAUCGUUAUUAAUUGCUGAAAAGCCUCAUUGGAAUCCUGGAUCGACACAUGGAUAUCAUGGUCAUACGAUUGGAUUUCUUGUCGGAGAAUUGAUACGAUACGUUGAUCCUCAGCAUCGUUCUUAUGGCCAAUUCGUUCGUGAGGAAUUGGAUGAUCAAUGCUAUAUAGGUGUAUCUGAUGAUAAAGUCGAAGCACGUGUUGCUCCUCUCAUUCGAAAACAGGCUAAUAAUAUGAAUAGUGAUGUCAUAAAUUCAUUGGAUCCGCUCGCUGAAAAAACGCUAUCAUGUAGUGGUGCUUUUCCUCUCGGACCAUAUCAAAAUAGUAGUGGAAUCAUUUAUAAUGAAGUUCAAAUUCACCGAGCUGAACUGCCAGCUGUCAAUGCAAUAACCAAUGCUCGUUCUGUGGCACGUAUUUAUGCUAGACUGAUGGGUGACAUCAAUGAAAAUGGAAAGAACAUUGAACGUCUUGUGAGUGAGAAAACACUAGCACAAGCCAUUGAAAAUGUUACACCAGUUGGAGAGCCAGAUCGAACAAUGCCAACUAUUAAAACAGCAUUUGGAAAAAGUGGCUUUCAAGUCUAUGGGGAGAUUUUCAACGUCUUCGGUGACACUGUCUUCGGCCAUAAUGGUUUUGGUGGUAGUUGCGCUUUGGCUUAUCCACCAGAUCAAUUGGCAUAUGCGCAUGUGUGCAAUCAACUUGAUACAAGUGGAUUCGUUAUUGAUCAGCGUAGUAUCCGUCUUCUCGAAGCGAUACAAUAUGCUCUCAAUCAAUCAAAAAUAUGCUAA